AUGAAUUCUAGAACAGCUCGCCAUUUGAAAUUCGUUGCUAGUGCACUUUUCGUUGUAUUAGUUCUGAAUCUUUUAUAUAAAAUAAUCGCUAAAUAUUUAUUGCACCUUAUAAUCCGUUUCGUGUUUCAUUUCCCAGGUAAAGAUAAUGAUUUGUGGUGGCAACGUUAUGGCAUAGUUGAGAAAAUUGUCUGGUCCAUUAUAGAUUAUGCAGAGAAUACAUCUCAUUAA